AUGUCAUCCUCACAGCAAUUCCAGGCGUCAUCACCGAUGUCCGCAGGCGAGCCACGACGGAAGAAAUCGAAGUUUACAUACAGGCAGCUGGCACAACUGGCGACGUCGUCCACCACUUGCCCGUUGAGGGUUAUUGCCCAUGUGGAUCUGGAUGCUUUCUAUGCUCAAUGCGAGAUGGUACGACUUGGAAUUGAAGAGGAUAAGCCUUUGGCUGUGCAACAAUGGCAAGGUCUAAUAGCAAUUAACUAUCCAGCGCGUGCAUUUGGCCUUGCGCGCCAUGUCACUCCCAUCGAAGCAAAGAAGCUCUGCCCAGACAUCAUUUUACAGCACGUAGCAACAUGGCGAGAAGGCGACGAGAAAUGGGCAUAUCGUGACGAUGCUGCUAGCAAUAUUGCCACGGACAAGGUUUCCUUGGACCCAUACCGCUUGGAAUCUCGCAGAAUCCUGAAGUGUAUUAAAGAUGCUUUGCCGGAGAAAUAUCGAAAGGUUGAGAAAGCGAGUAUUGAUGAGGUUUUUAUGGAUUUGUCUGCGCAAAUCCAUGCUACGCUGUUAGAGAGGUAUGAGGAGCUGAGAGGCCCGGCUCCGUAUGAUGAUCCCACGGAAUUGCUUCCAUUGCCGCCUACUACUGUGCUAGAUUGGAAAGCAGACGCUCUGGUUGACCUUGAUGUCGAUGAAACCGAAGAAGAUGAUCCGGAUUGGGAUGAUGUGGCGAUUCUUAUUGGCUCCGAGAUCAUCCGAGACGUACGCGCUGCCGUCCGAACUCAUCUGAAAUAUACUUGCUCCGGGGGAGUUGCGCAAAAUAAGAUGCUGGCGAAGUUGGGGUCGGCGCACAAGAAGCCUAACCAGCAGACUAUCAUUCGGAAUAGGGCAAUUCAGCAGUUUUUGUCAGAGUUCAAAUUCACGAAGAUACGCGGUUUUGGAGGUAAAAUGGGGGACAGUAUCACAGCUGCGUUCAACACGGACACGGUCCAAGACCUACUGGCAGUCCCCAUUGACCAACUCAAGCAGAAACUCGGUGACGACACUGGCACUUGGGUUUAUGAGAUUAUCCGGGGCAAAGAGUCAAGUGAAGUAAAUAGUCGAACUGCAAUCAAGUCUAUGCUUUCGGCUAAAUCAUUUCGGCCGAGUAUCAAUACUGCAGAACAGGCUAAUCGUUGGCUCCGAAUCUUUGCUGCUGAUAUAUACUCCAGACUGGUGGAAGAAGGAGUGCUGGAGAACAAAAGGCGACCGAAGACGAUCAACCUGCAUCACCGUUCAGGCGGUCAGACAAAAUCUCGGUCAUCACCGAUAUCACUUGGAAAGAAGAUUGAUGAGGUGGGGCUGUUUGAACUCGCGAGGAGUCUGUUGGGCCAACUAAUUCUGGAGGGUAGAGUUUGGCCUUGCGCUAACAUCAGCCUCAGCGUAGGUGGUUUCGAGGACGGGGUAACAGGAAAUAUGGGAAUAGGAUCAUUCCUACUGAAGGGGGAUGAAGCCAAGGCAAUGCAUGUAAGUGCUCAAGAGCCAAGUAAGGGAGGUUCUGGUCCAGAAAGACCAGAUAAGAGACGGCGAAUCGAAGCAACGGCUGGUAUUCAGAGAUUCUUUGGCAAGGCGGAAAAUACUGAAGAGCAACACGACGAGGAUUUUGGCUCCCGAGACUUGCCUGCCAUCCUCCCGUGUGAAGGGGAUGCAGGCUUCGAGGGAUAUGAGCAGAUACCAACCUGUUUCCCUCGUUCGAGUGAGGCGACCAAAUUUCAUGAGGAUGCCUCUCCACCAGUUGGCCUACCGGCCCUCCAACAGCAGCACAUUAUGGAUUUGGUAUGCUCUCGUUGUAAGCAGGCUCUCGACUCUGCGGAUGCUCUACAGAGCCAUCAAGACUGGCAUCUCGCAAAAGAUCUGCAGGACGAAGAACGUGGGCGGGCAGUUCAGCAUCCGAAAGCCUCAACGCCAGCACCGAACAAAAAGCCGGUGGGGCAUUCCAACAAGAGGAAGGCUGGUCGAGGCAAAGAUGAGAAAGGGCAGAAUUCUCCACGGAUUCGAGCUCACCGCAUAUUUCCCCCCAAUCCCGACGUGCCACAAAGCCUGGCAGGCUCCUCACCUCUCGCCCGUGGCCUUCGACCCGGAUCUGCAGAUCACGAGUUGAGCUACGGCGAAUUUAUCGUGUCGAGUCCGGCUUAG